AUGGAUGUUGCUGGUUCCAAAUUGGCCUAUCCCGUUGGUUUGCUCAAAAGAGCUCAAAACAGCGAUACACCAAAUAAGCGGAAACAAAAGGAAGACGACAGCGGAGAAUUUGAUGUCCAAGGAGAUGUAGGAUCAACUAUCAAUGAGCAAAUAAGACGAGCGAAAGAUUUAAAUACAGAAAAUUUGAUUCAAGGACCUCUGGAUCCCAUUUUUGGACAAAGGAGGGCAUUUCCGAUAGCUUUGGAUUUGGAAUCAGUAGAUGCUAGUAAGGCUACAACUGAUGUGAACUCUUAUUUGGCCCUAGUUCGAUUAGAAGCACAACAGUUCGAAAGAAAAGGGUUCCGCUUCGAAGCUUCCGUGGCGAAAAAAAGAAUUUUGAACUCAAAUAAUCAACAAGCGCACAGCGAAGCGACCUUGGACAAGGGCAAACACCGACGCUGGCCGGUGGAUUAUUUGGAAGAGUUCAAAUCCAUUAAAAAAAGCUAUCUCAACUACAGAUUAAACCUAACCGAGCUCGAUGCCAUUGACUUGCCACAGAAUCAAAAAGAAUGGAAAUACUUGAUCUUCAAUAAUGAGCCUUCUUUUGGAAUUACGGCUCAAAUAGUAGAAGAAAAUGUGAACAUCAAAUUAAUCGUUUACUUCACAAAAUGGCUAAAUCGGGAUAUCAACGUUUGCUUUGAGCAGUGGAUAUUUCAUAUGCUGUAUGCUACUGACACUGUGAUGACCUCUUCAAAUAUGUCAGUGAUGCGAGCCCUGGGAAAAAAAGCAUUGAAACAAAUGGCAGCAGCGCUUGACAAACGCAAUCAAGCGAUUAUGGAACGAAUUGUAUUGAUUAUAGGAGUCAUUUACGGACAAAGGGACCUAUUGAAUUACUGA